GCCUUCCCUCCGCCUGCAUCGACUCGCUCGUCACUCGACUCUCUCUCUGCACACCAAAGUCGCUGCGCUCCGAUCACUGCUGCAACUUUUGCAGAGACUCCUCACUCCACAGACAUGUCGCACAAUAGCUGAAGUAAAACUGUCAUCGCGGCUCAUCAUUUGGGCCAACGCAAAAACGUCGCAGGCGAGGAUCUACAGACGCGCAGCCCGGUCGCUCCUCCGCCGCCUUCCUCGCAUCGGACCCCGGCUUUAAUAAAAAGAACCGACCUGGAUAUGAAUUAUAAGCAUUUUAUCCACUAAUGAACUGGGCCAGUAAUGCAGGAGACCGCGGAGACCCUCUCAUCAGUGUUUCAAGAUGGCAGAUUUUUAUUGAGUUUUGAACAGAAAGCUCGCUUUAUUCUUUGCCAUGAAUAACAGGAAUCCUUGCACCGAUGGCCCCUGUAUACGAAGGUAUGGCCUCGCAAGUGCAAGUGUUCUCUCCUCACACUCUCCAGUCAAGUGCCUUCUUUAGCGUAAAGAAACUCAAGGUGGAGCAGAGUUGUAACUGGGAUAUGACAGGGUACGGCACACAUAGCAAAGUCUACAGCUACAACAGCAGCAAGAACGUAUCGGCCACCAGUGGCGCUCCUCUAGGUAUCAACAGCUCCCUGCAGGUUGCUAGCUCCACCCUGCCCUACGAGCAGGCCCUGAUCUUCCCAGCCAGCGCUGGCCAUAUUGUGGUUGCCACAGCCAGCAGCACCUCGGGGGCCGUCGGGCUGGGUAGCGGUGGUGGAGGCAGCAACAGCAGUGGCGGGGGUGGAGGCGGUGGAGUUCACAACUUGACGCGCCGCAGCACGGUGAGUCUCUUGGACACUUACCAAAGAUGCGGGCUUAAACGCAAGAGUGAAGAACUCGACAACAGCAGCGUGCAGAUCAUUGAGGAGCACGGCCCAACCAUGAUCCAGAACGGAGGAACCAGUGGAGCCACAGUGGCCACGGUGGCCACCGCCACCUCCACAGCAACAUCCAAAAACAGUGGCUCCAACAAUGAGGGGGAUUACCAGCUGGUCCAGCAUGAGGUGCUCUGCUCCAUGACCAACACCUAUGAAGUCUUGGAGUUCUUGGGAAGAGGAACCUUUGGGCAGGUGGUUAAGUGUUGGAAGCGGGGAACAAAUGAAAUAGUGGCAAUCAAGAUCCUAAAAAACCACCCAUCAUAUGCACGGCAGGGUCAGAUCGAGGUCAGCAUCCUGGCACGCCUCAGCACAGAGAGCGCAGAUGACUACAACUUUGUGAGAGCCUAUGAGUGCUUCCAGCACAAGAACCACACGUGCCUGGUGUUUGAGAUGUUGGAACAGAACCUGUAUGACUUCCUCAAACAGAACAAGUUCAGCCCUUUGCCGCUCAAGUACAUCAGACCCGUCCUUCAGCAGGUGGCCACGGCGUUAAUGAAACUGAAGAGCCUUGGACUGAUCCAUGCUGACCUGAAGCCAGAAAACAUCAUGCUCGUGGAUCCUUCACGUCAGCCCUACAGGGUCAAAGUCAUUGACUUUGGGUCAGCCAGCCAUGUGUCCAAAGCCGUGUGCUCCACUUAUCUGCAAUCCAGAUACUACAGGGCUCCGGAGAUCAUCCUUGGCCUGCCGUUCUGUGAGGCCAUAGACAUGUGGUCGCUAGGUUGUGUAAUAGCUGAGCUGUUCCUGGGAUGGCCUCUCUACCCUGGAGCCUCAGAGUACGACCAGAUUCGGUACAUCUCGCAGACGCAGGGUCUUCCUGCAGAGUAUCUGUUGAGUGCAGGGACCAAGACCACGAGGUUCUUCAACAGAGAACGAGACUCCACCUAUCCUCUUUGGAGAUUAAAGACUCCGGAAGACCACGAGGCUGAAACGGGGAUCAAGUCCAAGGAGGCUCGCAAGUAUAUCUUCAACUGCUUGGAUGAUAUGGCACAGGUAAACAUGACGUCAGAUCUGGAGGGGAGCGACAUGCUGGCAGAAAAGGCUGACCGGAGGGAGUUCAUCGACCUGUUGACCAAGAUGCUGACCAUUGACGCUGAUAAGAGGAUCACCCCCAUCGAAACACUCAACCACUCCUUCGUUACCAUGUCGCAUCUCCUCGAUUUCCCUCACAGCACACAUGUAAAGUCAUGCUUCCAAAACAUGGAGAUCUGUAAGCGCCGAGUUAAUAUGUAUGACACAGUCAACCAGAGCAAAACACCCUUUAUCACCCAUGUGGCCCCCAGCACCUCCACCAACCUCACCAUGACCUUCAACAACCAGCUGAACACUGUGCACAGCCAGGCCACCAACCUGGCUCCCUCCUCCACCAACAAUGCCACCCUUUCCUUUGCAAGUCCUGAUGUCUCCAUACUAAACUACCAAUCUGCACUCUACCAGCCCUCUGCUGCCUCCAUGGCGGCUGUGGCCCAGAGGAGCAUGCCCCUGCAGCCGGGGGCUCCGCAGCUCUGUGCCGCUCGGCCCGACCCCUUCCAGCAGGCGCUCAUAGUCUGCCCCCCAGGAUUCCAAGGUUUGCAGGCAUCCCCGUCCAAGCACACCAGUUAUUCUGUGAGGAUGGAGAAUGCUGUUCCCAUAGUGACACAGGCCCCUGGUCCCCAACCUCUGCAGAUCCAACCUGGCCUCCUUACACAGCAGGCCUGGCCCAGCGGCACCCAGCAGAUCCUGCUGCCUCCAGCAUGGCAGCAGCUUACCCACACCUCAGUCCAGCAUGCUACUGCCAUUCCAGACUCCAUGAGCAGCACUCAGACUCUCGCUAACUGGAGGAAUUCCCACCCUCAUGGAAGCCAUUAUAAUCCCAUCAUGCAGCAGCCAGCCUUGCUGACUGGUCACGUUACACUCCCAUCAAACCAGACCCUCAAUGUAGGCGUGGCACAUGUCAUGAGGCAGCCAUCAAUCAAUAAUAACUCCUCUUCCAAAAAGACCAAACAGCACCAGAUGUCGACCAGGAACGUGUCGACCUACGAGGUAUCAUCCUCGCAGGUGGUGCUGUCUCCACAGCGAUCUAAACGGGUUAAAGAGAACACGCCCCCUCGUUGCGCCGUGCUACAGAACGGGUCGUCGUCCAACUGCCCGGCCGCACAAGGAUGUGCUGGAGCAGGGUGGGGGGCUAACGAAGCAGAGCAGGCUUCCAGCACCACUCGCGACCUUCAGCACCAGCACCACAUCCGCAGACAGACCAUCAUCAUCCCUGACACGCCCAGUCCUGCUGUCAGCAUCAUUACCAUCAGCAGUGACUCAGAAGAGGAGGAGGACCAAAAACAGAACAACAGCUCAUCUUCUAAACAUAGAAAGAAUGUCAUCAGUUGUGUGACGGUCCACGAUUCUCCAGAGUCAGACUGUUCCAUCCACAACAGCCCCUACAACAUGGAGUCAAGACCCCACAACAACAACAACAACAGCUACAAUACAAAAACCACCAUCCUGGACAACUACAGCAACGGGAAUCCUCGCACAAUCAUCAUCCCUCCUCUAAAAACGCAGAACAGUGAGCUGCCCAAUGAAUGUGAGCGGCUUAUGUCAGAUGGAAUGAAUCAUCAAAAUACAGCUUACAAGUUUAAAUCCUCCAAUGGAGUGACAUUGGGCAAUAAUCACAUACCAGGGGGUGCGGCUGGAGGCGUGGCCUACCGGCAGCAGCGCUCAGGACCACACCCACUUCAGCAGCAGCCUCUCAAUCUCAGCCAGGCUCAGCAGCACAUGGUGGCCGAGCGAAACGGAGGACACCGCCGGCAGCAGGCCUACAUCACCACUCAAGCUCCAUAUUCCUUCCAUCACAACAGCCCCUCCCACACAGGCAACGUUCACCCACACCUGGCUGCCACCCACCUACCCAGCCAGCCCCACCUGUACACCUACACAGCCCCCACUGCUUUGGGCUCCACCAGCACGGUGGCCCACCUGGUGGCCUCGCAGAGCUCAACACGCCACGCAGUCCAGCAUGGGAGCUACCCUCCCAGCAUCGUCCACCAGGUCCCUGUCAGCGUGAGCCACCGUGUGCUGCCCUCGCCUACUCUGCAUCACAGCCAGUACCAGGCCCAGUUCGCCCACCAGGCCUACAUCAGCGCCUCACCCGCCUCCACAGUCUACACUGGAUACCCACUGAGCCCCACGAAGGUCAACCAGUAUCCUUACCUCUAGAGACGAGCCCGACCCAGCGAUGCUGCUCUCUUCAUCCCACCAACAUUCUCUCCUCGACCUCAGACAUGAACAGAGGAAAAUGCAAUCCUUAUGAAGCUGUCAUGUAUAACUUGAAGAAGGAAUGACUGAAAAGACAGAGCGACACAGACAAAAAUGUGACUCAGAUUCACUCGAGAAGGGAAUGACGGUGACAGUUUUUCUUCUUUUGAUGAUUUUCUCUCAGAGAAAGGCCAGUUUUUUGCUUUUUUUGCCUUUUCUUCUCUGUGCUUUACUUUUUGAAAAAAGCAACGUCUCAUGAGUUUUGGGAAGUUUUAGGCAGGUGUUUUUGAGGACUGCGGUGCGGACAUUUUCUGAUUUAUUUCAUUUGUUUUCCACCCCCCACACCCCUGCCUAAUAUAUUUGGGAAGCGACUGUUGAACGGGGGUUAUAUUGACUGGAGGUUCGAAAUCCCAAACGAUUUGGGAUAAGGUGAAAUACGGAAACCUGCUGCUCUUCAAAGAAAAAAAUAUACUGAUGGCCUUGAACUGUCUUAGUAUUUCCAAAUCAGUCAUGGCGUGGGGAGAAAAUGAAGAUAGGAACUCCACCCACACCACCUUCUCCAUCAGAGGAGGGAACUGGAAAUCUAACCAACAGAAGACAACAAAUCUUUUAGUGUAUUUAUAGAUAUUUCUCCUUUGUUUUUCCACCUUUUUGAUGCUUCAGUUUGAUCUAGGUGUCUUAGCUGGGCCCUGUGUAUAGAAUGUAGCAGUAUGCACCUGUUUUUAUUCCUUUUUUUAUUCCCUUGAUACCAAUAGUUAUUUGUCUUUUUUUUCUUCAGUGUGAUUGCACAAAGUGGUUAUAAUAACAUAGGCAUGUACAACGUGAUUAUCUGUGUGUGCUACUGUCAGCCAUGUGUGUGUAGUUCAUCUCCACAGGAUCCUCCUCAGUCUUUAGAUGUCGAUCGUUGCUCCCUCAUAGUGCCUUACAGAUUUACGACACAGUUUACUCGGCUUGUGUCCCGAAAGCCGUGAGAGACUACAGCUAUACUUAGAGAGAAACGUUUCCCUGGUUCGACAUCCUAAUCAGGGCGCUUGUAGCUUUCUUCCAGGUGUAGGCUCAGCCCUUGCUGUUUUUUGCCCAUAAUGACAGCGUGGGGUAGAUGAUGAAGAUUAAUGUCAAAGCAGAAACCACGCUGAGCUUUUUUGUAUUGUGUGUGCAUGAGAUAACUAGCCUAGAGUACUUACCAAAGUCUUGGAUACAUUAUUGUUACACUUUGCUCUGGAAAUUCAUGUGAAUAUAUGAAGAUAAAUGUAGAGUAAAGCUGUAGCUGUAAACCUCUGUCACAGUGGCACCGAAAAUGUGGCUUUAGUUUGGGUUUUAUUCGUUUUCCGCUAAUCACACAAGAUAAAGAUGCGUCAUGAUUAGUGAGCACAAAUGUUAGCUCAGUUCUAUUGAUGUUACAGGACAUCAUUUGAGACACAAACAAUAGAGCUUAGGUGCAUCUUAAUAAAUUAAAGAAUCAUCAAAUGGUAUUUAUUUCAGUAGUUUAUAUAUAUAUUUAUUUUUGCUAAUUUUGAUAAUAAUGACUUACAGCUAAUGAACACUCAAAGGUCAGUGUCUCAAAAAAUUUUAAUAUUACAUAAGAGCAGUAAAAAGGGAUUUUAGGAUAGAAAUGUUAUGUUAUCUUCGCCACAAUCAAGAAGAAAACUGCUGUCUUUUCAGUUGUCCAGCUGACAGUCAUGGAUACUCGCCACAAGGAGGGUAAGCCAGAAGCUGGCUCUUCACAGUGUUUAAUAUUCAAGCAGAUUAAUGGAACGUUUAGUGGGAGGAAAAAGUGUGGUAGAAAACAGUUAUAUCGGUUAGAUAUCUAGCACAGUGAUACUAUGGUCAAUAAAGCAAGUAUUUGUGAUGUAGGUAUGACCAAGUCUGAUUACAACAUUAAAUCGGCAUCUUUAUAAACGUUUUAUAAAGUUUAUUACUGUUUGUUCUAAAACAAACUUUGGACUUAAUAAAAUGCAUUAGACGGACAUCAGGAAAUAUCUUGGGUCCUUUAAAUCAUUACUCACUGUGAAAACCUAAAACUUGGAUUCUGGACAUCUUCCAUCUUCCUCCGGACCCUGGAACUUUGAUUUCUAAAUGAAUUUCACAUUUACUUCAAUCUAGAGGGAUAACCUUUGACCAGAUUUUUCUUUCACUCAACUUUCCAUCAAUAUUCAUAGAGACAGCCCUCAGUGAACACUCUGCUUCUUUAGCAAUGACAUUUAAAGCUAUCUUCACUGAGGAGGGUGUGGAUGACUGUCUGCUGGAAAAUUGUCAAGACAUUCAUCUUCCCUGUGAUUCUUUGGGUUUUCAUUAGCCAUAAUCAUAACAUUUAACAAAAAUGAACACUUGAAAUAAAUCACUGUCUUCUACGAAUCUUUAUAUUUCACUUUUUGAAUUUAAUAACUGAAAUAAACUAACUUAGUAUCGUUGAUGUACUAAUUUAUUGAGAUCCGCCUGCAUUUUCUAGGUUAAGAGCUAGUCUGAGAGGGGCCUAACAGAAAGUGGUUGUUGCCAUGAGGGUGAUUCUGUGGGUUUUGAGAUGUUGCUUGGCUGCAUCAACAAGACAGAGUACAGAAGGAUGUUUGAAAGAGAUACUGUGCAGGGGUGAAGAAAGGGGCUUGUUGAAAGCGUAGCGUCGGUUUAGGAGCGGGGGGAACUCGAUCUUAAAAGAGAAUACAAUGGUUGCAAGUUGGCAAUGAGCAGGUUGACAGUUACACUGAGCCACGCUGGGUGCUACUUCACCUGAGUGCGCACUUAAAUAUCUUACAUGAACUCUUUUGUUUUUAUACACUUACUGCUGUUCAUGAUGAAUUGAAGUGAGUCAGCUGAAGUUUGGGCAGUGUGACAGAGCUGCAGGAAGAGAGCAAAAGGGAAAUGGGACCAGCAUACACCUGGAAGGGAACCCUACGGAGGUUUUCGUCACCACUGUCCAUUUGUCUUCAAUGCAGGUGCACCAUAGACAUCGCCAUGCCGACCAGACGGGGAUACCUGAACACUUAGAGAACCAAUAGGGCUGCCGCUUUGUGUGUUUGCUGCUUGAUUUAAUUUCCUCGUAGCCAAUAAGACAAAUAAUCCCCUGUUCAUUGUCCUAUUGAACACGGGCGCAUCUGAACUGCUGGUGGUUUAGUGAAAGCCUUUUCCCCUUCUCCUUAAUAUGCCAUAGUACUUGCAUUUGAAGUGAUUUUAUUCUCUUUUUAACUUAUCUUUUUUUUGAGAUGGUUGUAGUACAUGUGUUUAUUUUUAGAGAUUGUUGCAAUAAUUCUUGUGGACGUUUUAUCAAAAUAUGUGUGUGCGUGUUUUUAUUAUAUGUUGGGCUUAUUUGAAUUUUGUAACCUGUUGUACAGUAAUGUUUAGUAUUCAGUGGGUGGGUGCACCUGUGUAAAGUUUUGCAACACUGCUGCGAAUAGAAAGCGGGUGACCUGAAGAUAAUACACCGGGGCCCUUGUAGAAACACAUGGGUGCAGGUUUGGAAUCAGGCAAUGGUUUUCCAAGGCCCCCUGGAGUUGUCUUUCAUCCUUGUACUUUCUGCUCCCGGUUCUGUUAGCUCCAGCAUGCAAGCCUUGGCUUCAGGCACUUGAAGAUAUGUGUUUGUUCCUGGUUACAUCAUUUGUCUCUGUUCUGUUGUUUUCUGCUUCAUCUCCUUAAUUUCCGCUGGGUCAUUCAGGCUUAAGCACACAUGCAUAAUUUGGAGGAUUUGUGAAGCAAACUACUGAAACAUUCCACUGUUUUGAGGGAAUUUUACAUUGCCAACUACUGUCCACACCCAUCAAUCUGGAGACAGACUGCUGCUUGUCCCACCACAGACUUUAACAAGAUCUAUCAUGCAGAGCACAGAUCAGGCAAUCCUCCUCAUGGUUGCCAGAGUAGCCGAGCAAAAACCUCUGGUUUAUUUUGAAAAUGCUUCAUAAGAACUUUUCAAGAGGUGAUGUUUUCAAACUAUGAAAUGCAUGUAUAUGAUUAUUUAACAUGCAUUCAGCACAGGCGUUUCUCUGUGGACUUUCAGCUACAGUUAUGUAAUAAAUCCCUUGCCCCCUGAUACAUAUUUUAUAUUGUUCACUCCUACAUUUUUCAGAUUAUCAGACCAUAUGUUUUUAUCAGGCAAAGAUUACCUGAGUCAAUACAAAGAGCAGUUUUCAAAUGAGAAUUUAAAUUUAUUACGGAAAAAAUCUAUGACCAACCUGGUUCUAUGUGAAAAGUAUUUGCCCACCAAGUUAAAUCACAAAUUCAACCUAAUUAUUGUUAAACACACUGAAUCAAGAGAUCACCUAAAUAACACCUGACUGACAGCAUGAAGUAGGCUAAAAGAUCUCAGGACACAGCACACUAUGGGCAGAUGGGAAACAAAGUCACUGACAUCUAUCAAUAUGGAAAGGGCUACUUUACUAUUUCUAAGGCUUGGGACUCCAGGUCAGCCCCAUAGGUACAAUAAGAGUGUAUUGGCCACUUUUAAAGGAAACAACAAAAUAACUUAGAAUGACUUCUAAAGCUCCGCAAGCAUCACUGGCCUCAGUUAAGGUCAGAAUUCAUGAUUUAACAAUAGGACACAUCAGCAGAAAUGGCCUCUAUUGGAGAGUUUCAAGGUCCAAACCACUGCUGUGCAAAAAGAACACAAAGCCCCACCUCACAUUUAGCAAAAGGAACAGAGUCAUGAUCCCCAACACCAUCCUGCUACAUCUGGUGUAAAUGUAGCAGUAUUUCAGAAAAAGUACAUUAAACUGACUGUCAAAAAUGGUGGUGGUUGUGUAAUGAUCUGGGGCUGCUAAGUGGCUUCAAUAUAUAUAUAUAUAUAUAUAUAUAUAUAAUAUCAUAUACAUUAUAGGUAUAAAUAUACAAUUAAUAUUAAUAUAUUUAUGUAUGUAAUAUAUAUAUAUAUAUUAAUAUUAAAAAAUGUCCCUAAAUAAAUGUUUUAAAUCAUCAUUUGAAAAACUUUCCUUUGUAUUUAAUCAGGUUGUCCAUUUCCGAUAUUAGAACACUUUUGAUGAUCUAAAAGACAAAAGGAAAAACAGAAGAAACAGAGGUAAAUACUUUUUCACAGUGCUGCAUCAAAAUGGCUUUUUUUUCAGUUUUUAUUUUGGAUUCUUCGCUUUUUGGCCCCAUUUAAAUGAAAUCAGACAUGAAUGAUCCUACUUGUUCUCUCCUGAUUGUUAUUUUUUCUUUUUGAUGUGUUAGCUUUAUUAUUGUUAUAAAAAGAAAUUAAUUUGUGUUUAACAAAAAGAGGUUUCACAGUAGAGCUGUAAAAAUUAAUAAUCCAAAAUGUACGAAAUAUACCUUUAAAGAUCAUGGUCACCUGCACAAAACGAAUGUAAUACUAUGUGACCCAACUACAUCUGUCAUGGCUUUAGAUCUCUGUCAGUGUGUGAUCAUUUUGUUCAUUUGUGCACAGUUUGUGACCCAUGCAUGGCGCAAUAACUAUAUAUUUGAUUUCCAGGCAAGCCCCAUAAGAGACUGAUAAUGUAAUAUUACCAAUAUUAUCAUAAUUAGGGGAUGUCGGUGGUCCUAUUUUUCCAAAAUGAAACAUGUACAACACUGUGGAAGUUAAAUUGAUUUGUGUGAUAUCUUUGUCUGUGUUUCACAUAACCAACAUGUUGUGUUUUUAUUUAAAAAAAAGGUGUGUGUGGGGGGGUUUGGAAAUCUGAGCAUCAUCGUAGAUCGAGUGACCUUAUAAUUACCAAAUUGUGCUUAAGUAGCAUGUAAAAAUGUCUGGUGUUGCUGAGGUGUGUACAGCCUUCCCAGUUAGAAACCUUAAUGUUAACUACUGCCUUCCAAAUAACCAACAAUACCUCCAAAGCUUUAAAAGGUGACAUUUAAAUUAGUGAAAACAAAAUAAGGCAGCAAGUCCAUCUCUCCCUUUGAAACCCUGUUAUUCUCUUGUGAAAAGCACUCAAACUUCCAGUUCUGCUCAUGGUGUAGCUGUGCAAAGUCCUCAUCCCGACGCUUUGGAAGAACCAACAAACAUUCCUGAGAGCGUGACACACGUAGCUGCGUUAGUCGUCCUGUAACAGCAUCCUUCCAGAGACUGGCGGCUUGUUAAACGAACAGGCAGCCUACAACACCUCUGCUGCAGAAAUAGCUGGCUGGAGCUGCAGCUGCUUCCCAAAGGUCAAAGGAGAUAAAGACAGGUGUUUAGGUAGAUAUUUUGUGUGCUAAUGAAGUCACUGAGAAAUCCAUAAUUUAGUUACACAAAUGUUCUUAAAGCCCUUUUGAAUACUUGUUUUUUAUUUUUUAACCUUUUGUUCAUAGGGUCUAUUGCUUUCGCUGGUUAUUCUUUGGGGGAAUUCAGGGUUGGGUGGUCAUGGUUUGAUGCCUUCUCUGACUGUUGGUGUUAUGCUUUUACAACAGAAAAACAGAUUCAAAUUACAUUUUUCAACAACUCGAGUUUUAGACAUGUCUAUAAAACCUGCUAAGGACACAAACUGCUUAUUUGAUGUAAGUUAUAAAGGAAAUAUUGUACAUACCAUCUAUUUCCAAAUAUCAUUACUUUUCAUGCAUAAACAUGUAACCUGAAUGUGGUAGAGUUAGAGUUCGAAAAAUGUUCGUCUUGCAUCAGAAAUCAGAGCGGUACCGAUCAUCAGGCCAAUGUCCAUUUUUUAGGCCGAUGUGGAUUCCCAGUUCUCAUUAAAGUCUGACAAUUUUUUUCUGGGACUAUUAGGCACACAUAAAAAAAUGUUGCAGGUUCUUUAAUAGGAGCAAUGAUUUGAUUUCAAGAGAAAAUGAAAGAGUUAGAAGAUUAUUCUCAUCUAUGCAUCAAACCUUAUGUUCCUAACCAUUACCUGAUUUUUUUAAAUCUAAAAACAUUCAGUAAAGAACCUGCUGUUGAUUAGUUUUGAUGCAUUUUUUGCAGUAUUUGACCUGGAGAUUAUUAUUCAGAUCUGAUGAAGAAAAAACUGGCAAAUUCCGAUCUCUAGCUGAUGUAUUGGUGCAGUUCUACCAGAAAUUGUGUCAAAGCUUGAGUUAGAGUCCUCAAAAUAUCCCAUUGAACAUAUUUGGUAAAUAGUUACUUAACAUUUUAAGGACCCACUAUAAGAGCGCAUCAAACGGUGACCCCCUUUUUGCGUCUAUUGCUGUAUGGUUUUCUCAAUGUUGUGAUAUUUAAUUCUUUGUCAAUGAAGCUAAUGUGUGCUGCAGUAUUUCCUAAUAUACAUUUCUGUUGAUGGUCUUUUCUUAAUUAGUUUUGUUUAUCGGGGAGUGAUGUCUCAUUAUUUCAAUCUGUUAUUGUAGCGUUUUAUGUAUACCCUGUUCUUUAGCCUAAUAUUAUCUAAGUAUGUUAUGAGAAUGGAUAUUUUACUGGCUUUAUAGAAUGUUUUAAAAUAAAUAUAAUAUUGACAAUAAGAAAAAAAAAAGAAUUAUUUAAACCUCCUGACACAUUGAGAACAUGCUACUAAGCGCUUGUGUUUUUCCAUUAGGAUGUUGUGUGCUUCUCUUAAUCAUUUUCGUUGUAGAAAAACUGAGUGGAUUUAUAUUAGGCUUUGAAAAACUAAUGACACAAAUGUAAAUUUUGCAGGAGGGCUUUAUUAGAUGAACAGCUUCAUCAGAUAUUAGAGAAUAGUUAUUUUAAUUGUCCUCCUUACUAACUGUUGGAUGAGAAGGGGCUCGCGUUGUGGUGAACUAUGUUCUAGCUUGUUAUUCACUGUUACUUUUGAUCAUUUUUUUCGGUCUCAGAGGUGAAUCGAGUUAACGAGAAUUUGUAAGCUCACAUAUGCAUAUUGUAUAUGUGUAGAAAUGUAAUCACACUUUGUCUUGGAUUUACAUUAAACUGUUAAGUCACGGCAA